AUGAAAAACAGUCUCCUGAGUGGCCCUGUUGGCUUGCAGUCUGCAUAUGGUUGUGGAAAAGCCACAGAUGUGCCCGCGAUCAAAAGUCGCGUGGCGCUUGGGACGUCCGUAGAAUAUCGAUCUCCGUGCAUGCCAUUUCAUGCAUGUAUUAGAACCGACUCAUCGUUUGGGAGGUCAGUGCAAAGCGAACUAGUCAGCGUUCUUCCAAUGGGAAGAACGAAAUGGCUCAGGUGGUUAGAACGUGAAUUUAUUGACCGGAAGGUCCGUGAUUCGAACUCGACCUCUGCCUCUCGUCUUCCCCUGUCUAGGCUUCGGCAACCUGGCAGUAUCCCAGCCCUCGUGCUUCCAUCGGGAAGGUGGCAGCUAGGCAUCGCUACGGCGGAACGAUUAUUAGUAUCUUCCAGUGGGGAUAAUGUUUUCAGUUUUCAGGCUGUAGUUGGAUUUUCUCCACCUGACGUAUUGCUCGGCUCAGAAGACCCCUCCGAAGAAAACGGUCCUUUGGCUUCCAAGGCGUUAAUGACAAACAAUUUUUGGAUGUGUUCUGUGCUCAGCGGCCAUGUUUCAGAUCCGUUAAGUGGGACAGAUGACACCACAAGGUCGUUCGCUCCAUCCUCGGCUGCUACCAUUUCAGUGCCACAAAUAUCGAAGCCGGGUCAUUCCGUCAUGUCCGGGCCAGGUGGUGUAGGUGGUCCACCUAGUGGGGGACCAGGGAUGCCACCGCCGCUAGGUCCUCCAGGACCGGAUCCAAUUUCUAUGCGCCAGCGGCCGUCUGGACCUCCUCUUAUGCCUGGUGGUGGAAUCCCACCUGGUGCAGGUCCAGGCAUCCAGGGUCCCUCGCCUCAUCAUCCAUCCAUGCGAUUCCACCAAGCUGGUGCUGGUGGUUACCCAGGGCCUCCGGUGGGCGGUGGUAUGAUCCCUCCACAUGCAAACCUGAUUCCUGGUGGUGGUCCAAUUCAUCCGAUGCAUAGUGGUCCAAUGAUUCCUCAACAUCAUCAUCAUCCCGGUGCUAUGCUUGGACAUCCCCGGCCGCGUUGGAUGGGCCCGUCAAUCCCCCCUCAGCAACAGUCGCAACAAGGUGGGCCUCCAGGUCCUCAGCAAGGUGGUGGUCCCCCAGUUGUUUGUUCUGGGUCAGCAGGUCCAAACUCCGUAUCAUCUGCGGGACCAGGCAGUGUUGGUCCUGGAUCUUGUGGUGGUGGAGGUGGAGGUAUCGUUCAGAGUCCUGGACAUCCCGGUACUCCCACCCAACAUGUCCCUCCACAACACCUAGCAGUUCCUAGUCCCAUAAACAGCCAGAGGCCACGUGGUGAUUGGGACUUUAUUGUCCAAAUGCAAGUCCACAUUAUUGUCCCGUGA